CGUCAAAAGCGCACAUUGUUGAGCGAGAAGCUUAAGGAGGAUUCAUUUUUAGCGCAAAUGUUGUGUCGGGGGAGUCGGCCUUGUCUGCUGCAUGUAACAAAACACGCUCGAACAUAACAUCCUGGUUCUAAAAUAGCCGUUUUCGCAUUUCGUCAUCCGCUCUAAAUGCGCGUUUGCAUUUUAAGCGUCGGCGCGCGCGCAACACAACGGGCCGCGUCAUGGACCUCGGGCUCCGUUUGUCUUACGGGGACAUUCGCGACACAUUCUGCGAGAACGUACAGUAGGGCGAAAGGGUGGCUUGCCUCACUGAAACGAGGUCGCGUGAACGUCUGGCGCGCGCGUAAAAUGACGGUCCCGGGUGAGGAAGGCAGAGCAGAGCCGCAACUUUAGUAGGAUUGGACAACGGGCAGUGCAGUGGGGAUUCCUGGGGACUGGUGUCUCUAGAGACUUCAGAUUGCGCAAACGCGGCUUUUAUCGGCAACAAAUCAAAUGGCAGCUUCGGAGAAAACUCUCAUUUACAGAGAAGACGCGGAUUCGUUUAAAAACUUCCUUUCCAAACGGGACGUGCGCCUCAUAGCCGCGCAGGAGGAGUCGAAUUAUGUGGAUCUCAACGACCUGCUGGAGCUGAAAUUGGAUGAUGCGAAAACAGUGAAAGUUGCAUUUACCGGCGACCCGGGUCAGCUGGAGAUACUUAAAGGCAUUAGCGGCACGAGCGAGUCGAGGGAAGAUCGCAAACCUCGCGCUGAAAAGGUUAACGAGCAUAAAUGCCCGCUGGAGGAAUGCGCGGAAGAGUCGAGCUCUUUUGAAACGGCGGCUUCGGAAAUACCUCAAACCGAUCAAAAAGACGCGGACUGCGCCGAGAGAACAGAGCAAGAGCCCAAAUCCCCAAAUUUGGAGACGCGGAGCCCGGGAUGCAAUAACCACGAACAAUACGAUGAUGUUUAUAUGAGCAGCAAAAGUGAAUCGGACGAUGAGGUUACUGUGGUGCUUUCCGACCGCGGCUCUCCUGAAACGCGUGAAGACGAAUCUCACUAUAUCACAACCCACGAAAUCCAGCUUUUGGAGUUGGACCACGAUACGGAUUACGACUGCGAGACGGGAUCCGGCUGGGAUAUCGAGGACGAUCUCCAGGUCUACUCGUUUGUCGAUUACGCGUCUUUCGACAGUGAUGAAACGACAGGCGCAAAAGAAUCGGGCGCGCAAAGCAACCGGGCUAAUACGAGCGAAGCAGGGGUCAGCAGUAAGCCUGAAAGCAAUCCCUGUGACGCGGACAAAUGUGCCGGCUCAGAUGAGGGCCUGUCAAAGAAGCAAAAAGCAGCUGGGCAGAUUCACCUGUCAAUCAAAGCCACUUCCCGCGCCGUGAACGAGCCAAGAAGCAUCCAAGAACAGGCAAAAGGCAUAAGUCGCUAUGUUUUGAGGGGAGUGGAUGCGAGGGGCGACAAAGCGUGUGAUAACGCAAAGUGUUUCAUUGCUGUGCCGGGGCGCCUGCAUUUCGGCAGCAAACUCAAAUGCAAAGACGCGAACGAGUAUUCCAGCGGUGCGUCCAGCGCGGUGAGCGAGCUGGACGACGCCGAUAAAGAAGUGCGCAAUCUCACAGCCAGGGCGUUCAAAAGUUUGGCGUACCCAUAUUUCGACGCCAUCAAUUUUAGCACUUCUAGCGAGUCUUCUGCUUCAGAGCAUGGGUUGGGAAUCAACAGGUGGUCGACGUUUGUUGACCUAAAGUACGGCAAGGGGAGAGAUCAAAACUUAGUAGCGCAUAAAGGCUCCAAAUCCAACUUCCAUUUUGCCAAAAAAAGGGAUGGUAAGGAGAUAACUGGCUUGACUUUGACCAGCAUGCGAGCGCCCCCCGUAGAGAUAUUCGCGCUGAACGGCAAUUUGGUGAGCCGCAAAAACGCAUCGUCUACCACAAAAAAGACUGAGUUCAUGGGGAAGUUUUCACAGGGGCAAAGCGGCCUCAUAAGACUGACCGAAACGCUCAAUUUUCGAUGCAAUGUCAAAUCCGGGCAGCCUGUAAACGAAAGCACUGGAGGAUCACGUUCCACGGAUGAAGUUACAAACACCUUGCCAAGCGCUCAAGGGAGUGAGGCCAGCAAGCCACCCUGCAAUGCAGAGGAAACCAUGGAAGACACACACAAGAAAGCCAUAUUCGCAUCGAGUCUCCUCAAAAAUGUGAUUUCGAAGAAAAUGCAGUUCGAGCAGGAGCGCAAAAUGGAGAGGGGCGAGAUAUGCGAGGCGCACCACGCGCCCUCUCCGUGCUUCGGGGCGCACGACGCGCGCAGAGAGAAAGCGGCCAAGAAAAAUUCCAAAGGGCUGCAAAGGCAAAGCUCGAAAUUCUCAGAAGCCGACUCCGACUUCACGAUCGUCUGCGUGGACGAUCUGGGCGACAUAGUAGACGGUAAUUCAAGCGAUGCCAAAGACGAAGGGCGCAAAGAAGAGCCUUUGACGAGUGCAUCAGAAACGAAUUUAGAGUCGGCGAAUGAUACUAAAAAAGGAGCAUUCGAAGCAUCCAAAAGCACGCUGCUUCGAAGCCAAAAUAGCGCGUUCCGAUCGUGGAGGGACGGCGAGCUAGAGUUUCAAAAGGAACAUAAAAACGACAAAACUCCCGAGGAGAAACCGCUCCGCGAGCGUCCGGGGGAAACCAGCUUCAGCGUCGACUCGGCGAGCGGCAAGCACACUAAAAUGUCGCAUUUGUUUGUGCCAAGCAUACAACUUCCGUCCGCGGACCGGGAGAUCAGGGUGCCGCCGAACGUCAAUUCCUCCCGGCGCGAUCAAGCGGAGAGCGGAGCUUUGAAGUGGCGUUCAAACACGCUCUAUGUGUCCGACGCGACUCGCGGCGCUGUGUCAGCGAAGUCGCCCGAAAUCAAAAUAAGCCUGCGGAGCGUUAGGGACAACAAAAGCGACCCGUUCAAUAUCGCGAAGCUAUUGACUCCAAAUUUAGGCUGCAAGACAGCUGAGGACAACAGAUGCCAGGCGCUCGCCGCGGCUUUCAAGGGUGAGUCUUCUGAUAAAGUGCCUCACUUUAUAGUCAGAGACAUUAGAGAUAACAAGGGCAAGCUGCAGACCCCCAUUCACCAAGUUAGAGACGUGCGUAAGCUGGUUAAGAGCUCGUAUCACUUUGUGUCUUUAGAUAACAACGACAGCAAAUCUAGCUACUCGACUUGUGACGGAGAGCACAAGGCGUUAAAGCAGAGUCCUUAUCUGAACUCGGCCUCUCUUUCGCCCAUAGUGAUUAAAUGCCAGUCUGUGAAUACAAAUAGCAAUGUGAAGCAAUCCGGAAAUUUAAUAGACCCCCCCAAGAGACGAUUUCCUGAGGAUAUAGUUGAGACCGACAGGUCCUCCCCUCACGUUGCUGUAGCUAACAGGCUGCCGAAGCAAGAAGUGCCAGGCGGAUUGAGAAUUGAAACAAGCGCACGAAAACAAGAUAAGUCGGGCGAAACAACCGAGAAGAAAAGCGAACCCAAAAUGGCCAACCAGGCCGCUUUCGAAAAAUUGCAAGCCGCUGUUAAAACCAUGGAGCAGCUGUACGUAUUUGACAAGAACGAGUGGAAGAGAAAAACCGAACUGCGGCCGAUAACGGACAGCCACGUGCUCUCGCUCAUCACCAGCGAGGAACACAGCGUGGAGGAACAGGAAAGCAAUUCUAGCUCCACUCCCGCUGAUGCAUUGCUAAGACGAGACUCAAACUCAAACCUGAGCGAGAUGCCACCUAAAAAAGACGACAAGUCGUCAACCACCCCGGUUAUUCGGGAAGAGCGAAACGGCCCUAAACCGCUCGUGCAGCUCACAGGAACGCCGUGCAAGAACAUAAACCAGAAGCCAUCGUCUACCGGCGCCCCGCAAACGCACGUCGCAUCGCCAGCGUCUCAGAGCUCCAAGGGCGUUGCAACGAAAUCUCCGAAAAUACCCGUUUCCCUAAAGAUAUCGCAGCCGAAGCGUGUGCUAGAGGAGAGGGAGCAGCCGAAUGGAAGCGAGGCAGAGUUCGCCCCCCUGCAGUUCACUUCCACGGCGGAUUCGGAGAACUACCUAACCAUACCCGUGAAGCCUCAAGCGACGCCCGCCGUAAAACCAUCUACGUCCGGAUUGGGCAAAACGUCUGUAUAUACGAUCCCAACCGGAGGAGGUAAAACCCAAACGGCCAGUCCGCCUUCUUACCUGGUUCACAGUGACGCCAGAGGCCAUCCGUCACCAAAACGGUCGUCUUUCGUGAUGGAGACGCGGUCCCCAGAUACCCCUACUGCCACUAUUUACCACACACCCCUGCCUGUCCCAAUGCAAGCUGCUCAGCCUCAAGUCAUUUGCUUCUCCCCUACAGUUCAACCCUCCCCCAUCCCGACAGAACACUUCCAGGCAACCCAAAGAAAGAUGCUGCUGGAUCCCACCACAGGAAACUACUACCUGGUGGACACUCCCGUGCAGCCGUCAACCAGGCGUCUCUUCGACCCGGAAACGGGGCAGUAUGUAGACUUCCCCAUGCCACAGCAGCCUCCCAUGACCCCUGUCCCAUUGCCAAUAUCCCCUCUCGCUCUCGGCCCGGGAGCCUACGGCCAUACUUACAUGUUUUACCCUGGAUACAUGCCCACCACGAUGAUCCCCGCACGCAGCAUUCAGUCCCAGCUCUCCAUGCAGUCAGAAGCAGAUGAUGGGGAUAAAUCCCAUUCGCACAUGGGACAGCAGGAGGACGGAGCUUACAUGGAGAGCCCUUAUUAUAUGCCAUCUGGGAAGGCGUCACAAACAACCUCCGUGGCUCAACAUGUUAAAACCUGCAGGCUCGCCAGCAAGCAGCCUGUCAUCAGCAUCACCUCCCAGCAAGGGCCAAGGAUCAUCGCUCCCCCCUCGUUUGAUGGCACCACCAUGAGCUUUGUGGUGGAGCACAGGUAAAACCCCGCUCACCCUCAGCGAGCCACACGACGUCAUCCUUUCACUGAUUUAAUUUUGCGCCGAACUCAUUUGCUAUAUUUUGGAAUCUCCUUCAUCAUCUUCAUCAAGAAAUCGCACACUCUUCUAUCAUUUUUAUUUGCGGGCCGCUUGUUUAUCCCACUUGCUUCAUUUUGUGUUAUAAAACCUGUUCUGUCUGCUUCUCAGAUCCUUAUGAAAGCGGAUGGACUUUUCUGUAUUGGAUUCUUUUUUCAAAGGGUAGUUGAAAGUGCAUUUACUGCAACAAAAAAAAAUAAAAAAUCACUUUAAGCACAUUCAGAAUAAUGUCAGUCUAGGGAUGCAGAUAAUAAAAUGACCCCGUUAGUUAUUUUCAUAUGGAUGUUAACGGGUGGAAAGCCAAUGUUGCAACUUUUUUAUUAUACUAUUUAAUCUAAAUAAAUUGAAAACGGUUAACGAUUAAAAUGUUCGAUGUAAAGGCGAAUUUAGGCAUUGUAUCGACAAAGUAUAAAUUUGUAUUCAUUUCAUAUUUCAUUUAACAGUAUUUUUAAAUCACGCGUGUGUUUUCAACACUAACUUUGAGUGAGCAUUAGAUGACGGUAACGGAAAUCUAAAUGUAAAAAUGUGUGUGUACAAUUACAUAGCCAAUAUUGGCUGAUAUAUAUCCAUAAUGAGGAUAUUUAAAUAUAAACUGGCCCCGUUACAAACGAGCACUUAAAUUGAUAAUGUUGUUAAGGCUUUUAACAGGUUCUCUAUAUAAAACGCGCAAAAUUUCUCCUGCUAUCUGUCAUUGCUUGACCGAAGCUCUCCCCUGACCUUGAAUCUCAGCACUCUUCCUUGAGAGGUGUUAUGUAAAAUAAAUAGAUUGCAUUACAAUUUUAUAUUGUAUAUUUUUGUAUUAUUUAAUGCUGUUGUUUUUCUGCCGGUAUUGAAUAAAGCGCCUCAUUAAAACACACAAAAAAUGUGUGGAUUAUGUGGUGAAUGGGAUGCUGUAGGGGACUGUGUUCCUCUAUUAUCUCACAGUACCGGUAUAGUGCGAGUAUGUGUGAGAGAAUGUGUUUACCAUUUCAUUUUGAUUUGGUACUACAGUUUCAUCGCUUUCGGCUGCAGUGAUACAGAUUCAAGGUCAGUCGAAUUGAUCUCGGGGGAAGAAAUGACAGAUAUUAGCAGAAAUGUGUUGCAUUUUUAAUACGGAACCUGUUCAUCUUUGGACAACAUGUUUAGUGUCGUAUCAAAUCGCUAGGUUCAACUAUGCCUCGAUUUUCAGAAACUGUUUAUUUUAUUUGUUCUGGGUCUUUUCAACGUGUGAUUUUUCUUUUAGCCAAAGUUUAAACUAAAGUCUAAUGUACCGUCUUAUCAUUGCGAUAUAUCCUCAAAAUACAUAAAUCUUCAAUUGCAAUAAUAGGUUACCCAAAAAUCGGUUACAAAUGUAGUCGAGUUUUUCCUUCACUGGAACAUAUUUGGAGAAAUUUAGCAUCGCCUGUUUUGAAUGGGUGCCAUCAGAACUUGUGGAUUAUUGUGAAGUUUUUUUUGUUUUUUUUUAACUUUCAUUCUGACGGCACCCAUUCACUGGUGAGAAGUGAUAUAACGCAAAAAUGUUCCAAAUCCGUUUUCAAGACAAUUUUUUAUAACUGAUAUUACUCUGAACCUUUUAAUAACAGAGGCGAUACAUUUGGAUCCUCUGUUUUGUCUUUUUUGAUGCACAUAGCUUGUUUUUAAUAACUCAUGUGAUAGUAUACUUGUGAAUUCAUUCAUUAUUUCAGCUGUUGGAGCUGCUGGCCAGUCCGUUAAGCUGUCAAAACAAAGUUUGGUGUGGCGUUCGUUGCAUUCAGAUUAAUAAAAGUGUCGUUCGGGGCGCUUAAAUUCACCAAAAGGCUACGUUUACUCAAAGGAAUUUUUUUAAAAAUUAAUCUGUGAAACAAAACGGCAUAAAUAUGUGAAAAUGUAUUUGUUUGGUAUACUCUAUGUUGGUUUUGUUUGGUCUGUGCAAAGGAUGUUAAAAGAGUUCCUAUUGAAGUAAUCGGGAGUCACUUAAUGUCAAGAAAGUUGAAUGUUCCUGUAAUGGCCAUUGCUUAAUCCUAAAAGCUAAACCUGGUAAAUAAUGUUUAAAAGAUGACAAAGUUACGUUGAAAUGGUUAGAAGUAGGUGUGAAGACGGAUAUAUAGGUGACAUAUUGGAUGAGAAUACAUGUCUUUAGAAAGAAUGAAGACUGGGAUCUAAAACAAAAGAAAUGAAAAAGGAAGAAAUGUUGAAUUUGACAUUACAGGAAAAAUAAAAAAAAUGUUCUUGAUACCAUG